GCCGGGGCUCCCCGCCCUCCCCGGGGGAGGCGGCGCAGCCCGCAUCCUCCUGAGGAAGGGCGGUCGCGGGGCCGCGGCAGCGCCGGCAGGAGGAAGCGGCACUCUCCUCCCCGCUCCUCUCCACGUCUCUCCUUUCCUCCUUUCUGCUCAACCCGCUCGUCCCUCCUCCUCCCUGCCGGUGCUGGCGGCGGCUCCUCCUCCCGUGUGACCCGGUGCCGCAUGUGAGCGGGGAGGAGGGACCGCGCGGCGCGGUCCCACUGUGGCGGCGGCAGGAGGAGGAGCGGGAGCCGGCGUGCGGUGUCUCCCGCAGCCGCAUCACUGGGCCCCGCCGGCGCUCCCCAUGCCCGUGUGGUGCUGCCGCUGCUCCCUGGCCGGUCACUUCAGAACUUACAGCGGCCCUGAAACCGAAGGACAGCUUUUGAAUUCCUUUGUUCAGUACUUUGGUGACAGCCUUGGGAGGAAGAUUAAAAGAAUGCCUUUAAUUGAAGAAACUGUUCUGCCUGGGGACUCCCUUCUUACUCUGCCUGUAGUAAUAAUAGGAAAUGGACCUUCAGGAAUUUGCCUUUCUUACCUGCUCUCUGGAUACAGGCCUUAUUUAUCUCCUGAAGCUAUACAUCCAAACCCCAUCCUACAUACAAAAUUAGAAGAAGCUCGACAUCUUUCCAUUGUUGACCAAGAUCUGGAGUACCUGUCAGAAGGCCUGGAAGGACGCUCCUCAAACCCAGUUGCAGUGCUUUUUGAUACGUUGCUUCACCCUGAUGCUGACUUUGGCUAUGACUACCCACCUGUUCUGCACUGGAAGUUAGAACAACAUAAUUAUAUUCCCCACAUAGUGCUUGGGAAAGGACCGCCUGGUGGGGCUUGGCAUUCCAUGGAGGGCUCUAUGCUAACCAUCAGCUUUGGAGACUGGAUGGAAUUGCCUGGCCUCAGCUUUAAGGAGUGGGCAGCUAGCAAACGCAGAAAUAUAAAGAGUGAUCGAGUAAUGCCAGAGGAAAUAGCUUGUUAUUAUAAACACUAUGUUAAAGUCAUGGGCCUCCAAAAGAAUUUCAGAGACAAUGUUUACAUAACAUCAGUAUCCAGGCUUUACCGAGAAAAGGAUGAUGAAGGUAGAAGUCACCAAAAUGAAGAUCUUAAAACACAGCGUUCGGAAAUGGAAGAUGGACAGAAAUCACUUAUUAAGAGAAACUGGGAAGUCAGAGGUUAUCAGCGAGCAACAGAUGGUUCUCAUGUGCCCUUCUGCCUCUUUGCUGAGAAUGUGGCUCUUGCAACUGGAACAUUUGAUUCUCCUGGCCGACUGCAAGUUGAGGGAGAAGACUUUCCUUUUGUCCUCCAUUCCAUGUCUGACUUCGGAGCCGUGAUCAGCAAAGGAAAGUUACGUGGGAAGGCAGACCCUGUGUUGAUUGUGGGUGCCGGACUAACAGCAGCUGAUGCAGUACUAUGUGCCUAUAACAACAACAUCCCAGUAGUCCAUGUGUUUCGUAGAAGAGUUACUGAUACAAGCCUAAUUUUCAAACAGUUACCUAAAAAGCUUUACCCUGAAUACCAUAAGGUCUAUCAUAUGAUGUGUACUCAGUCUCAUACCAUGGACUCUAAUCAACAUUCUGCUUACACUAGUUUCCCUGAACACAAUGUACUUUCUUUCAAGCCUGAGAUGAAAUGUGUUCUUCAGAGUGCCUCUGGACUGAAGAAAAUUCUGAAGUUUUCUGUAGCUUUAGUUCUGAUAGGUUCUCACCCAAAUCUUUUCUUUUUAAAGGACCAAGGACAUAGCAUAGGUCAUCACUCUAAUCAGCCCAUCACAUGCAAAGGGAAUCCUAUAGAGAUUGAUCCAUACACUUACGAAUGCACUAAAGAAGCCAACCUCUUUGCUUUAGGGCCUCUGGUGGGAGACAACUUUGUACGGUUUUUAAAAGGAGGUGCACUGGGCAUUGCACGGUGCUUGGCAAUAAGACAAAAGAAGAAACAUGAAUUGAUUGAAAGUGGGGAUGGAGGAGGUGAUGGGGUACCAUAAACAAGAGAUCAGAAACUCUCACAUCCAGGAUUACAAAUGUAGUCUUAACAGAAAACUCACUGGCAGCAAAAGUUGAUAGCAGUCAUAUUUCUGUUGUGUACAAGUAACCUGCGCUUGUAUUGCUUGGUAAAGGAUGCUGAUAUUACGAUACUUCACUCUUUAAAACACAAAAAAAAUGAUCUGCUAUUUCAACUGAUCUCAACUGGAAUUGCUUCCAGACAAACAGAAAAUGAGACUAACUUAUCUUGGCCUGCCUGUCUGUCAUCUCUUGCUCAAUUACAAGAGCAGACUUCGUCUGUGAAAGGCAAUACCUACCAGAGUGGUUUUACAUUUUAGUGUCAAAUGCGACAAGAACACUCUUACCAUGACAUUGAAAUAACUUCUAAAAGCAGAAAGCUUGUUUAGUACAAAGUGAUUCUUUGUCCCAAAGCAAAUUUGGAGCCUUCUGCUUGAAACAAGGAUUUUAUUUAUUUGCUGCAGUAAUACUUGGAAUGAGCACUUAGUAAAAUGGUUUCUUCUAUAAGAAGGACUUCUGUAAGCAAGAAGUAUCCUUCAAGUUUUAAAUUAUCCUGGUAAUUGGAAUAGAAGAAUAAGCAUUCCCAUUUAAUCUUUACUGAUUUGACACAAUCCAUUAAUGUUUCUUCACACUAUGCCUAGACUUGGGUGAGUGCGCAAAGACUAACAUGAGAUGUUCCCUUACAGUGAUAUGUAAAUUUCUGAGAAAACGCAUUAACAUAAACAAUAAAGUACUGAUGUAAGUGCUCUUA